GUCCUGACCAAGUUUGGCCCGAAGGGCGGCGGUGGCGGCUCGAACCGCACCUCGAUCACAAAGGCGACCGCAGGGCGCAGCUCGCUCGGUCGCGCGCCGUCUUCGCUCUCGGCGUCGGCCACGGACGACGAGGCCAAGACGGUCGUCAAGAAGCCCCACAAGAUCAAGCUUCUGCUGCUCGGCGACAGCGGCGUCGGCAAGACGAGUCUCAUGCGCGUCUUCUCUGGCGACGAGUUUUCCGAGUCGAUGCUGGCCACCGCAGGCGUCGAUUUCAAGCUGCGGCAGCUGCGCCUCGAAGACGAGCACGACGUGGCGCUGCAGAUUUGGGACACGGCCGGCCAAGAACGCUUCCACCGCAUCACCUCCACGUACUACAAGGGCGCGAAUGGUAUCAUCCUCGUCUACGACGUGAGCGACAAGCGCGGCUUUGACAAUGUGGGCUAUUGGAUGAAGAACAUCCAGCAAUACUCGACGCCCAACAUGCCAGCGAUGCUGCUUGUCGGCAACAAGAUUGAUCUGCCGACGCGCAUCGUGCCUUCGGAGGAUGGGCAGGCGGCGGCGUCGCAGUACAACUGCCGGUUCAUCGAGACGAGUGCGAAGACAUCGGAGAACACUUCGGACGCGCUUGAAACCAUCGCCCGAGACGCGCUCAUCAUGACCCUCAACCCGUCCAUGACGCAACGCGAGCUCCUCGAGCGCGAGCGACGCGGAAAGCUCACGCACGACAACUGCACGAUCAGUUGACAACCUCCUUUGUUCGAUUCGUUCGACGAAAUCACAACGCGGCCGUCGUUGUCCUUGCUUCCUCCGCUUCUUCGGAGCGCCCUAAUAUAAAGAAAUGCCAUAGAGUUGAUGCGA